CGGUCAUGUCGAAAGUAUGUCCAGGGUUUGUUUACAUUCAAACAGUGAAACUUUGCAAAUAUUUGUGGAAUCAGUGAAACCAAGGAAAAUAGAAAAUUCGACUGACAGCCACGAUGAGUAAAUCAUUCAAGUACAGACAAGUUGCUAGUCGUCUACGCAAUGAGUUACAAAACCGAAAAUCGGCAAGUUCAUCGAAUGCGGCCGAAAAUGUGGCAGACGAUGUUCGUCCUCCUGGCCUAAGAGGACGUGAGAUUGGACUGUGGUAUGCUAAGCGGAACAAAAUGCUAAAGGAACAUGAGCUUAAAGGCGAACGACAGCACGACAUGCUUUCAGGGCCGAAAAUCUCGCUACCGGAAAAGGUAGUCGAUCGAAUGAAAAAGGAAAUCGACGACGUUCAGGCAGACAUUGCAAAGGAUUCGAGCUCUCAAACCGUUCAGACAGACUUCUCCCGUUAUAGAGAAACCGAUUUCAUGAAACUUAUUCAAACUGAUGAAGAGCCACAGUCUUCUCAGCAAUCAUCGGAUUUGGAUACGCGACUGUGCGAGGAGUUCAAUGUUACCACCAAAACGGAGAAAUAUGAGGAAAUGUUUCAAUUUCGUCAGAGACUGCCUUCGUUUCAACACAAGGACGAAAUCGUCGAUGCAGUUAAACGGAAUCAAGUUCUGCUGGUUGCCGGCAAUACUGGCUGUGGUAAGACCACACAAGUCGCUCAAUACAUAUUAGACGACGCACUCAUGAACAUGGAAGGGAGUAAAACUAAAAUUCUCUGCACUCAACCGAGACGAAUAGCUGCUACAUCGAUUGCUGAACGAGUAGCGUCCGAAAGAGGCGAAGAAUUGGGCCAUUCAAUCGGCUAUCAAAUUCGUUUGGAGAAAACGCCACCAAGAUCGAUCGCUAGUAUCCUAUUCUGCACAACUGGCGUUCUACUCAAAUUUAUGGAACAGUCGCCCAAUUUAAGCGAAUACAGUCACAUAAUCAUCGACGAGAUACAUGAACGGAAUGCCAUUACCGACGUAUGUCUUGCGCUGAUCAAGAAAAUUACCGAACAUCGCAAGAGUCUGAAAGUUAUUCUAAUGUCGGCAACGUUGAAUGAAGAGAGAUUCGCUGAAUAUUUCAAUGACUGUCCCAUAAUUCGCAUUGCCGGCCUGACGUAUCCGGUUCAGGAUUUUUUUCUGGAAGACAUACUGGAAGAGACGGGCUUCGAUAAUUUCACCAAACGUAGAAAGGAGCCGGUGUGGUGGAAAUAUAAAAAGCCAGUCCAAGAAGCCACUCCGAUUAUUCAAAGUUAUGCGAAUUCGCUGCGGCAAAAAUACUCACAGAAAACCAUCGACCUUUUAAAACGGCCAGAGACCGAAAACAUUGAUUUGGCAUUCAUCCAGCACAUCAUCAUGCACAUUUCCAAUACGAAACCCAGCGGAGCCAUUCUCGUCUUUCUACCCGGUUUCUCUGUGAUCUCCAAGCUUUACGACAAUCUCCAGAAAGAUUUUCCACCUUCAUCGUACCGCAUUUACCCGUUGCAUUCGUUGCUAACGGGAAGCGAUCAACGUGAGAUCUUCAAUAAACCACCGGAAGGAGUACGAAAAAUUAUCAUAUCGACUCCGCUGGCAGAGACCAGCAUAACAAUCGAAGACGUUGUUUAUGUCGUCAAUGCUGGCAAAAUGCGACGACCCUAUUUCGAUUUCGAGAGGAAUGCGAAGGUGUUCGAGGAUGAAUGGAUCACACAGGCUAAUGAAAUCCAGCGUAAAGGCCGAGCUGGACGAACCCAGCCAGGCAUAUGCUAUCAUUUAUAUACCCGUGCGAGGUCAAGGCAUUUGAAACCAUUCGAAAAGCCGGAAAUUCUUCGGGUUCGACUGGAGGAAAAUAUUCUUACGUUAAAAGUGUUGUGCAUUCAAAACGUUAAAUGGUUCGCGUCGACAAUGAUUGAUGUACCGAAAGAGUCAGUGAUAGAAUCCAGUAUCAGCUGCCUUCAAAGACUUGGCGCACUGACCGAAAAUGAGGAAUUGACUCCACUCGGAUUGCAUUUGGCCAAUCUAGGCGUUCAUCCGAAAAUUGGCAAAAUGCUGUUACUCGGAUCGAUUUUCAGUUGUUUCGGCCCUAUUUCAAGUAUAUCCGCGGGACUGUCGUUCAAGUCUCCGUUUUUCACUCUCAUGGGCAAGGAAAAGUUGUGCGACGAAGCUAAACGGAAAUUUUCAUCAGAUUCAGAUCAAUUGGCUGUGGCGAAUGCAAUGGCGGAGUGGAAGAUGAGUUCUAGAAACCGUAAAGACUUUUGUUACACUAACUUUUUGUCGAAUUCGACCAUGGGUAUGUUAGAUCGAAUGAGGUCACAAUUUGCCCAGCUACUUCAUCAUUCCCGGUUCCUAAGCAACGCCCAGUGUGACAGUCAAGAAAACAAUCGCAACUCGGAAAAUGUGGACUUGCUCAAGGCUGUUAUUGCCGGCGGGGUUUAUCCGAACAUAGCUCAUCGUGUUGUGAAAAUCAGAAGCCGAAAAGAUUGUAUCAGGACAGUGGAACGGAAAGGAUUGAGACUACUGCCAUCAUCAGUGAACAAUGACCCAAAGGCACACUAUGACCCGGGAUUCAUCGUAUUCGAUGAAAUGAACAAGUACACAACAAAUUACUUUUUAACCGAAACAACGUCGAACGUCAGUCCAUUCGGUAUUAUAUUGUUCGGCGAUAAGAUCAACGUUGGAGUAAAGGACAAUAUCAACUUCAUUUCCGUCGGCGAUAUGAUUGAGUUUCGAUGCGACCGAUCGACAGCUGACAUGAUUGUAGCACUGCGCGAUGAAUUCAAUUGUUUGCUGAACAAAAAAAUUCUGGAAUCGUCGUCGAUUUUGUGGGAUUCCAGCGAAGGAAAAUUGUUGCAAAUCAUCAUGGAUCUCAUUUCGACACACAAUUCAUAUGAAAAUCACGAGUUUGAUGAAACUAGCGACAAUGACGAUACUACGGGUGAUUGUACAGAAAAGACUUAGUCGGUUCUUGUUGUUGGAAACUAUUUGAGUAUUAAAUUGGAACUGUUUGGUGUUAGCAUAAUCAUUUCGUUGAUAUUUU